CGGCGAAACUGCAAGAUCUGUUCUUUGAUGCGUACGGAUGGGAAGCGAGGCGGUACCACGACGUAUUACUGCGAGGCUUGCGUCGACCCUCAGCAAGUGUACCUGUGCAUGAAGCCGAAGAAGACCACCGACGGUGUCCUGAUGAGCUGCUGGGAGAUCUGGCACACCACAUACAAGAACGGCACCGCCAUUCCU